AUGGCACUGAAGACUUCCUCCUCCUGCCAUGAAGGCUCGACGCCACCCGAUAGCCCAACGGAAGAGUCGACUAUGCCUCCUGACAUCUUGAAGGAUCUGAUGCAUCUCUUUGGUGAUUUUCUUGAGAAUGCGCGGCUCGAUCUUACCGACCAAGAACCUCCAAACACUCCUAUUUCCCAGGAUCAGUCCCCACCCGACAUGGUUCGACUGAAGCAGUUGCUGGUGAAGCUCAUCCGCAAGCCUGCUCAAUCUUGCUUUUCAAGCAAGGAGCAGGCAGAGAAGGCCCAGGCGGCAGAUGGACAUGAUCUUGAAAGUCCUAUCAUCACCACACCGGAUGAUUUCAAGUCGUUUGAGAAAUGGGCAAAAUCCCAAUACAAAACGGUCAUGGAAACCUGGGACAAAGAAGCCUGCAAAUACAAGAUUGCCGAGCCAACAGACACUAGCAACGACCUGGACGACUACGCUGAGUAUGCAUUCGUUGUCCGUGAACGUGUUGACCGGAUGUCCAAGGAGGUAGUGCCAUUCAUAGACAUCAAGUCGGACGGCCUAUGCGACAUCCUGCGAGAUGUGCUGCACAACAUCAAGGCCAUUAGCCUGAUGGAGGACAAGCCAUCGAUCGAGCGAAAUGUCCUUUUCCAUUUCCUUCCAGAGCUCGACGGAUAUGCGGAGGACAUGGACAUUAAUUCGGACCAUGAGUCGGCACAAGCGGAACAUCUCCUCUUGCUCAUCGACCACCUUAAGCACGCAUAUGCUUCUACUUUGCAGCGUCUCGAAUCAAUCUUGCAGGACGGUCAUAUUACAUAUGACCUUCUUUGGGCGCUUUUCAAGCCUGGUUGCCAUGUUUAUACCACAUGCAUUGGCACAAAAGAGCCGCGAUGUGUCGUAUUUGACGCGGGCGAAGAGGUCACACAAAAUGAUGAGACGUGGUGGAAUCUCGAGUGCCGAUUCCUUGAUUAUGACGGAAUCAAGUUCGGCGAGGCCGGAAUCCUUCUGCGUGUUGCAAAGUUUCGGGGGUCAAAGCCGAUCGAGACUCUUGAGGUCAUCCCUCUCCAUCACUGUCAAAAUCACGAGCAAAUCCGAAAAGACCUGAUCGAGAGGGGUCAAAAGUUUCGGGAUUUAGCCGGCUUACACGUUCGGCACUGUGAAGGCAGCGCAUUCUUUACGAACAAGGGAAAGGCUAUCAAAGUCAACAUCAACAGUCGAGUAGGGGUGGACGCCGCAUUUUUCCAUAAAAUGCUGCCAAACUACUCCCGACCGUCAGUUCGCGAUAUUGGGGUCAAGGAUAAGGGUGGAACUGCAGUCUUUGACAUUGGUGCAAUGCUCAUAGAGGGCCGUGAGCGAGAGAAGGAGAAAAUGCGAGGAGACAGUGUGGACGCACAAAAGCUGAGCGAGGCCGAUUUACUGGUCGCCUGCCCAACAGUUUGCUGUUUCAGUUUCAAGGAAAAACUUUUCUUGGAGUGCGCAGUCAGUGCUCUUAGAGACGUGGUAUGGUCACCUGAAUCGUUCGAUUGCCUGCAAAUAGCCUCCGAGACCAAGACACUCCUCUUGUCAUUGGCAAAAACCCGCCUAGGUCUGAUACCGACGGUACCGUUUGACGACGUGAUUGACGGUAAAGGUCAAGGGCUCAAUAUGUUGCUGAAUGGACCGCCAGGCGUCGGGAAGACUUUUACCGUCGAGGCAAUCUCGGAGUAUUUCAAACUCCCUCUCUACUCGAUAUCUGCAGGUGAGCUUGUUGUCGAUCAUGGGGACUCCCACGCACUUGAAUCACAACUUGAAAUCAUUUUCAAAAUCGCAAAGCAUUUCAACGCUAUUCUUCUUUUGGAUGAAGCCGACGCGUUCAUGGCAAGUCGUACCGAGCUCCAUAAUAGCCAUAAUCGUCUGGUCACUGUUUUUCUCCGCAAGCUAGAGUAUUACCGGGGACUGCUUUUCUUGACUUCAAACCGGGGUAUCGAGUUUGACGAUGCAAUUCUGAGCCGAAUCCAUUUGACUAUUGAGUAUGGAGAUUUGACAAAAGACUUCCGCAGAGGCCUCUGGAGAACCUUUUUGUUCAAGGCCCGAACACUCAAAGGUCCUGCCGUGAUUGAGGAGGAGGACCUCCAGCGAUUGGAAUCUUUGGCUCUCAAUGGACGAGAGGUGAAUUCCGUACUAUCGGGUAUAUAUCACUUGCUGACUGCCAUCGAUCAGAUCAAAAAUAUCGCAGCAGUUGCACACGCUCUCGCUGAGGCAGAUACAACGCAAGUCAGCUAUAAGUACUUAAAAUUGGCCGCGAAAUCGAACAAGAAAUUUUGCAAGGAGUUUGGUAGGCAGGGUCCUGUUGACGGGAUGUAUAUCUAA